AUGGAGGCUGAAGCUAAGUAUCGCUUUGCUGCGUCUCAAGAAGACGAACUGUCCUUUGAAAAGGCCACCAUCGUAAAUGUGAGAACAGUUUUAGAGUCAUUUAGCUCCAAUGAAUUCUAUUUUGCACGCUCAUCAAGUAUCGAUCGCGAUCGUAGGUCGAGUUGUAAAACUCAGCUCCAUUCUUUUUAUUUUCAGGUGUUAGAUAUGGAUUCUGACAAGAACUGGUACAAAGCAGAACAAGGCAAUCGAGAAGGAUGGAUACCAAAUACAUAUAUUACCAUGAGGGCGCACAAGUAAGUAUAAGAAUAAGCUGCCAUGUUUCGUUUCUUCGUAAGCUUUUGGUUUCUCUCUCUAGUUAAUCAAGUGACUUUAUCUUGUAAUAGAAAAUUUAACUGUACUAAAUUUCCAUUCAUCCGACAAGAGUAGAAAACUAAGAAUUCAGCGAGAUUUUCAUAACACGAUUCUUCACAGUUCAGUUUCCGUCUUAUUGAUAAAAAUCGACAGUUCUUCCGUGUUUGUCAUAAAUGCUUGAGUCAUGAAAUAUGUCCACAUGCAACUCAACAUUCGGGUCUUAAUCCAUUCUCUGUGAGAGUACUGCUUCUAUCCCUGAGAGGAUACUAGUCAAUCUAAGAGUCACCAUAGCUUUGUCAUUUGUGUCGAUCACUGCCCAAGUCGUGACAAAGGAGCCCCCGGGGGGAUGGGGGGCACUUGGGUAUUUUUCGGGUGGGUAUGUGCCGCCCGGGACUCCAAAUUGGCACCCCGUUCUAAAAAAAAUUUCCCCUAAAAUUGAUACCCUGUCUAGAAAUGAGCUAAUUUUUUAUACCCCGUUCUAGAAUUCGCCCUAAAACUGAUACCCCGUUCUAGAAAUGGGCCAAGUUUUUAUACUCCGUUCUAGGGUGCAACAAGAGCACAACAGUUUGCUUGUUAACGCAUUGCACCGUAUUUUUAAAAGCAAUCUGUCCUUGAAUAAUUUCAAAUGGCUGCUUACAAAACUGGAGCUUUCGCACGUUUGAAAUAUUAUACCCCGUUCUAGAAAAUGCCUCUGAAAUGGAUACCCUGUUCUAAAUCAGGAGCUUCAAAAUCACGACCCCGUUGGGCAGCACAUACCCGUAUAGGUAAUGUAUGGGAGUACGCCCCCCCGCUGCCCAGGCAAAGGACACUGUGGAGUAUUACAUGUAUAUGAGGUAAUAUUCGUAUGUUAAGGGCAUUCACUGCAAAGAUUGGCCUUGAUGCACUGUCAGCUCCAUGCAAGGUCAGAAGGCUAACUACAAGGCUACUGUGUCUCCAUUAGGCAUACAGUUUGUGAUAUCAUGGUCAUGCAUGACUGUUAUCAUUGGCUAACCGCUGAUCUGUCAAGUGGGAGGCCGCUGGUUCAAACCCCAGCCAGACCACUAAACAAUUGGGGUCUUUGCUGCGCUUUUCAUAAACAUGUGAAUUCUGAAGUUCAAAAGCUAGCCAAGUACUGACUUUUGUGCUUUUCGCUACCGUCAAUUAUCUAAGGGGACCCAGAAGUUUACUUCAAUGGGUUUAAAGGGUCAUUCGUUUGUGAUUUGUGGAUUUCAAUCCAUUUUGCGUGUUUCUGUGUUUCAAGGUUUGUAGCUUGUGAUUGUAAUAAUAUUAUGAUUGAUGGCAGAGAAAAACGUGACUGUGAAGGUGGCUUUUGAACUAGAGUUGCAUGUUUUUGAAAAGCGCAGUAAAUGACUGAGGAGUAAGUGCUUCCUUUGUAAAGACAUCUGCAAACAGUUAGACUUUGAGAGAGAAACCGUAGGCCCCGUCUCACAACCCUUGCACAGUCAAAGAAAUUGGGAUGUUAAAGAACCCACACACUGGUUGUUAAGAGUAGGGGAUGUACUUCCUGGUGUGGUGCGGUCUAUCUCUCAUGGGGUGAGUGACUGUUAUAUUGGGGCCACAGUAUGUGUCGCGUGGCAGUGUCCCUGCCAAGAAUUGGCCAACCUAAGUACAGUGUAGAUAAAUAAAACAAAAAAUAUUCAUUGAUUGAUUCUCAGUUGGUUCCAUGGCAAAAUAACGAGAAGACAAGCCGAAGAAGCCCUUUUACAGCUUCAGUUUGAAGGGGCAUUUCUUAUCCGAGAGAGUGAAAGUUCUCCAGGUACAUUAAUUAUACCAUUUUAUCAGAUAUUUAAUUGGUAAAGCUCAAUCAAACAUCAAAAUUUUCAUGUACUGAAAUAAAUAGCUAUUUGGGUUGACUCAAAUGAUAUAAGUUUGACGGUUGAUUCAGAAGUUGAACUCAAUUAGAUGGACUCAACUCAUUCACGAACUGCAAUGGUCUACAAUGUUUAAGGAGAAAAUAAAUUACAGUAAGUUUGACGUUUGAAACAAAGUCGCUCCUCGCUCAAAAUUCUCUUGUGGGCUAUUCAGACUUAACCUUUUAAGUCCCAAUAGUGACCAACAUCAAUUUUCCCCUAACAAUAUCCAUACAAUUUCAAGAGAUUAGGUUAUGAGAAUAAAUAAAAUGAUCACCUGAGAGAAAAUGCUUUGAUCUUUUAUCAAAUUCUCUCAACUCAUUCUUUAAGAAAAUGUAUGGAGAACAGUUUGGAGAAUUUGUACAUGUAUAUUGGGGCUUAAAGGGAUAAUUCGUGGGUCAACUCCAAAUUAGAUAUGUUGGACUUAAUAUUGACUCAAACGUUGAUCUUUUCAUGUACUUAGUUGAAGGAAAUAGGUUUGGUUCAUGAAAAGAUCUUUGUUUAAACUGGGCCUAAUAUUCAAGACAUGUGUCAGUCGAUCUAGUUAAGGUAAAAUAAAUCCUUCAGUGUGAAUCUUGGCUACCCAAUUAGGCAUGGAAGACAUAUAUAUAAGAGAAAAAAUGUUUUUAUGAAAGCAUUACAAGAAAAUGAAAGACUUUAUUUCAAUAAGAAAAUGAAAGAAAAAGGCCAAAAUUGGUGACUAUGACUUUAUUUAUUUUGGAAAAAUAAUGCUUUUGAAUCAAGUUUGCUAAUCCAUUUAAGAAAGUUGGGUGUUGGCCCUCAUUCAUUUUUUUUGUGUGGGUGUAAUGGACAGCAACUUCCUUUCGGUAACAAAAUUAUGCAAAUAAAAUGAACUUGGCCAGCAUCCAAAAAACCUGACCUUUCCAAGGUAAACAGAAGAUACUGUAUACUUAAUUAUUGUUGUUAUAGUUAUUUGUAUUUGUUCUUGUUAAAGCUAUUCUUAUAAAAUUUUAAGGAAAGAGUUUGCUAUACAUUAUUUACUCCUUUUCACCCUUUAAAGAUCUCCAACUUAUUCAAACAUGUGAGGGGCAUUAAUAAGUUGGAGAUGUAUAAAGGGAAAAAGGGAGUAAAUGAGGUAUAGCAAACUCUUUCCUUAAAAAUUGCCUAAAAAGACAGGGAUUACUAUCUUUUCUCUUUUAUCGUAUUGUUAGUCUAUAUGGCUGUGCAAGGCCAGUUUAAAUGAAUUAUUUGAUUGUUCACUGACUUUUUUUGAUCUUGCUCUCACUUUCAGGAGACUUUUCCCUUUCAGUCAGGUAAGUACAGGUAUUGUUUUGUACACUAAAAUAAAUUUAUGUGUAAAUAAUUAAGACUGUGCCGCAGGUACACUGAGUGCAUAAAACUAUAAAAUGACUAAUCAGUGCAUGUAUCUACCUCAUUUCAAAUAAUGUUAAGGUUGCACCCAUGAGCAAACAAACUGCCUAAUAAAUAUACAGAAAGGUACAGAUCCAAGCUUCCUUAUUACAUAGAUGUCAAUAUUAUGGAGGUAGGGGUUGUAGGGAGUUGUGCAUCUUUGGGACCAGGUCAAUUGUCUGUAAGAGAGAGGUGUCAGUUAAAGAUUCCUCACACACCCAGACACCCUAAUGUCACAUCACCAUCCAAACUCCUCUUACCCUGUGAGUGGAGGCCCUUCGGUAAGUCUUAUCUAAGAAGAUCGAAGGGCCUCUGCUUGCAGGGUUUCUUCCUCUAAAAAACAACAAAUUGAAACAAAAACGGCUCUUAUUUACUACCCUGAUAACUUUUAUAGGAGUGGCGACAAGGUGCAACACUUUAAGAUCUUCAAAGAUGAGGAGAAAAAGUACUACUUGUGGAUCAGAAAGUUUCCAUCUUUGAACCAGCUGGUGGAGUAUCACAAAACAAACUCUGUCAGUAAAACACAGCACAUACUUCUGAAUGAAGUGGAGUUUAUAGUAAGUAUUGAGUUCAAUUCUUCUCAUGCAUCGACAUUGACUUCUUAGAGUUAGUAACCUUGACUUGUCCCCCAGGAUAUUAGACAAGGUCCAAAAAAAUAUAUUUUUUAGGCUGACAAUACCUCAACCUAGAAACGACCCAUGCACAUGCAUUCAUUGGCAGUCCCACCAUUUGUUUUAUGUUUAUACUUCAAUCUCUGAUGUUCUUAGGGUUGUAUCUCAUAAUUUUGGCAUAUAUAAGCUACAAUGUAGGUCACGUGACCCUGAGCUGCAAUUACACUGUAAAAACAUUGGUUUCAAUUCCAAUGGCCAUUUACAUGUACAGGAACGCUUAUGUAAACCUUUUCUUUCAAAAAUUACAAAGGAUGAAAUGGUGCAGGCAUUGUUUUCCUUCACCGCUCAAGAUGAUGACGAGGUGAGCUUCAAUGCUGGAGACUGGAUCACAGUGCUGGAUAAAACAAAUGACGACUGGUGGAAGGGGCAAGUUCAUGGCUGCGUUGGAAUCUUUCCUAGAAACUACGUGUCCUCUCCGGCACUUAACAAGACUUAAAGAAAGAAUAAAAUGUGAUGUACAAAUUUAUUAUAAUAAUUUAUAAACACCAAAGAAAUACCAGUUGAGCAAAACAUGAUAUCUUCACAUGUGAAAAUAACAUGUUACCUGUAUGCAUGAAAAGAUUGCUGUUACCAUGGUUACAUAAUAAGUCCCAUCUUAGACAGGAAACAAUGUAGGGUUUAAUACAUGCAGUUUGGUAUUUUAUUGGUGUUUUAUAUAAUAAUAAAUUAAUAGAAUGUUACGUGGUUGCUUGGGGAUAGGAAAAUUCUCUCCAAGUUGUGAAAACACUGUUCAACACUCGGGGGAAAAUGUGGUAUCCCUACAUGUCCAUGUAAUAUCUUCUAUGUAUGAUAUUUCAUACAUGCACAUAAUUUUAACAAAUAAUUUUGUUUAUAGCUGUACAUGUAACUAUGCACCUACAAGUGUUUACAGUGUAGUGAGUUCCUGUUGUUGAAUGGAUUUUCCAUGCACUAGAUAUACAGAUAUACACUAGAUACAAUGUAUGUACUGUGUACAUCUGCAUUUUACAGCUGACAGGCUGUACAUGUAGUAUGCCUGUUCACAGUGUGAUGAGUUCCUUUUGUUUAAUGGAUUUUUCAUGCAUUAGAUGUAUAUUUAGGUACAGUGUGCUUCGUAAAAGAUGUAAUCUUUAUGGAAGUACAAGGUCCUGGAGAGGUGACUUUCCUCUGAAGAUAUUAGGGGGAGGA